GUCGAUAAUAACAAUUCAAAAUUUAGCGGUCGAAUUAUGCCGAAGGACGAUGGCGCUUUCAUAGAGCGAACUUCAAGCCACGGACGCAACGUUAGCGCCACGAGAGUCGUGUUUACAGAUUCGCCAGUGAGUUCCAUAACGUCACGUCAAAAAGUGCAAGAGACAAAUUUCUAUUACCCUUUACUAUGUAAAGGUGCGUUCUCGACACGAAAGAGAAACGGAAAAAUACCCUCGUUCGGUCGACGAUAAUCGCGCUAAAAAUCUACGUGAUAUCGUGUUUUCGGGACGACGACGUAAAAUAAAAUACGCGCCUCUUUCGUUAAUACCGUAGUGGCAAUCGUUAGGAUGGUAGCCAUUUUGUCCGGAGGUGGCCCGGCCGAGUGAACGGGCGAAAAUAGGUGCUCCCUGGAGCGGGAGGUUUGUCAAAAUCCUUUAAGCUGGUCGCCGAACGAUCGACCUUCAACCACGUUCCUCCUUAUUGAGGAAUCGACGUGUUCUACAAACGUUGCGGAUCCUUCCUAUUGAAACGUUGUUCGAUAAUGUAGGUAUUCUUUAUCGAAACAAGGCCUUUAGGAUAUAAUUAUAUUUAAUGUCAGUACAUGAAUCGAGUGCUUGUUAUUGGUGGUGCAAUCGUUGGACCAAGAAUUACUAAAAGAAUUGGAGCCUAGUGAACAGCUAGAAAAUGACGAUUGCUACAAGGGGCCAGGGGGUAGGAAUAGAUCCUCCCGAUAGCCAGCAGAGUUCACAGAUGCAUAGUCCACCUGGUUCACAACAAUUAGCUGAUUCAAUGUCAGGUCUUCACCUCGCAGAAAAUGUGGUACAAACUGAGUGUGUCAACGAUACUAUAACUUCUGUAGAUGACAGUAAUCAGCACCUUAGAGAACCUGAUUUUCCUAUCUCUAAACUUAACAUUCUUCAUGAAAAAAUAUCUAGUUCACGAUGGGUCGUCCCAGUCCUACCUGAACAAGAAUUAGAGUGCCUCUUACAAGCUAGCAUUGAGCUUUGUAAAAAGGGAAUUGAUGUACAAAGCGAAGCGUGUCAGCGUUUCUUUCGUGAAGGGCUUACAAUUUCUUUUACCAAAAUAUUGACGGACGAUGCGGUGAAUAGUUGGAAAUCGCAUAUUCACAACUAUAUCAAUGCAAAUUGUGAACAUUUAGUGGAACUCUGUGUUUUGAAAUUAGAUGAGGAUUGGUUUCCAUUACUUGAUUUAUUGGCAAUGGUUUUUGAUCCCAGUAAUAAAUUUCAUACAUUUAAUGCAGCAAGAGCAUCCGAAACUGUUCCUCCUGGAUGUAAUAUUCCAGAUGAGGAACUUUACGCACGUCCACCCAUUGAGUCAAGAACACCUCGUGGAUGGCUUGUAGAUCUAAUAAAUAGAUUUGGAAGAUUAAAGGGAUUUGAAAUUCUUCUCUCAAGAUUUCAGAGUCGUCGUAAUUUAACUGUACCAGUAAUCUAUGCCCUGAUUAGGCCUUUUGGUUUAUGUUAUGAAUUAUUGACUGUCCAUACAAUAAUAAAAUACCUUAUGCCUAUUGUGGAAAUGAUACCUGUUAUUUUGGACAACUUAACUGAUGAUGAAUUAAAGAAAGAGGCAAAAAAUGAAGCAAAAAAUGAUGCCAUAUCAGCCAUAAUUAAAGCUGCAAAAUGUUUGGUAUCAAGAGUACCUCAUCAAGAAGAAAUGAUUAAAAACCUGGAAAUACUGAGAUUAAAAAUGAUAUUGAGACUAUUACAAAUAUCUUCCUUUAAUGGAAAAAUGAAUGCUUUAAACGAAGUAAAUAAGGUUAUUACAAGUGUGAAUUAUUAUCAGCAUCGUAAUACAGCUGUAGAGGAGGAAGAAUGGUUGACUGCUGAACGUAUGGCAAAAUGGAUUAAAGAUAACGGAGUAUUGGAAAUAGUUUUGAGAGAUUCAUUACAUCAACCACAAUAUGUAGAAAAAUUGGAAAAAAUUUUACGAUUUAUUAUAAAAGUACGUGCCCUCACAUUAGAAGACUUAGAUAACAUAUGGGCAGCUCAAGCCGGUAAACAUGAAGCUAUUGUAAAGAAUGUUCAUGAUUUGUUGGCUAAAUUAGCUUGGGAUUUUAGUCCUGAACAACUCGACCAUCUGUUUGAAUGCUUUCAGGCAAGUUGGAAAACUGCUAAUAAAAAACAGCGAGAAAAAUUGUUAGAAUUGAUCAGAAGACUCGCAGAAGACGAUAAAGAUGGAGUUAUGGCUCAUAAGGUGUUAACCCUUUUUUGGAAUCUGGCUCAUUCAGACGAAGUUCCCACUGAGAUAAUGGAUCAGGCAUUGAAUGCACAUGUUAAAAUUUUGGACUAUUCAUGUUCGCAAGAAAGAGAUGCACAAAAGACAAUCUGGUUAGAUAAAUGUGUGGAAGAAUUAAAAAGUGGGGACAAAUGGGCUUUACCUGCUCUGAAACAAAUCCGGGAGAUUUGUUUAUUAUACGAAGCAAAUUCUAAUCCAGCUCAUCAACGUAGCCAUAAUUUACAUUAUAGACAGGAUGUUAUAGAACGUUUACAGCAGGACCAUUUAGUUGUAGUACUUGUAACUAACAGUUUAACAAAUUAUAUGGACAAAGUGCGUCAAUUGGUAAAGGAGAAUCCAGACCUUGAUCCAAAUACCUUUGUGCCUGAUGGUCGAUACAAUCAUAUUAUGCAAGUGCACGAAAGACUUAAUUUUUUGCGUUUUCUAUUAAGAGAUGGUCAGUUAUGGUUAUGUGCAGAACAAGCCAAUCAAAUCUGGCAAUGUUUAGCCGAACAAGGUGUGUUUGUCUCAGAUCGCGAGGCUUGUUUCAAAUGGUUUUCUAAACUUAUGGGAGAAGAACAGGAUCUUGACCCAGGAAUAACUGCGAACUUUUUUGAAAAUAAUAUACUGCGGUUAGAUCCAACGUUACUUACUGAAAGUGGUAUAAAGUGUUAUGAGAGAUUUUUUAAAACUGUUAAUUCUAAACAAGGAAAGUUGAUACUAAAGAAAAGAACAUUACUUAUGGAUGAUGUUGAUUUGAUUGGAACUGAUUAUUUGUGGCGGGUGGUAACAAAUAGUCCUGAAGAAAUCGCAAAUCGUGCUAUAGAACUUUUAAAAGAAGUAAACACUAAUUUAGGACCACGUCUGCAAUCAUCUGCACUAGAGUUUCAUGAUGAUUAUAUAGCAGAAUGUAUGGAUAGAUUAAAGACUCAUUAUGAUACUGUGUCUGCCUUAAGUAAGGUUUACCUUGGAAAGAAAGAAGAAAGGGAUGAGCAAAUGUCAAAUAAAAUUAAAGUAGAGGCUAUAAAAAUGUGUCGUGUAAUGAAAGUAUUGCAAGAGUACAUAAAUGAAUGUGACACUGCAUUUCCAGAAGAACGAAAAAUAUUACCAUUACACAGAGCAGCUCGUGGAAAACAUUUAUCUCUUAUAAUUAGAUUUCCAAAUCAUAUUCGUAAUACGGAUGAUAUAGAGAUAUAUACACAUAGCAACGAUACAUUGGCUUCAUUAAAACGUCAAAUAUUACGUCGAUUGAAAGGGAGAGAGAUUGGGACAAAUGUGAAACUCGAUUUAUUCAUUAAUGGCGAAGGCUUGGAACAAGCGGAUGAUAGAAAAUUGUUAUCUCAAAUUCCACUUAGAGAUAAAAUGCUAUUAUCUGCCAGAUUAAGUCAAAUAAAUAGUAAUCUACCUAGUUCUCCAGAUAGCAGUUCAGAUAGUUCAACUAGUUCUCCGCAUCAUCCUUAUGAUGGGCCAAAUGUAGAGAACAGUUUACCUGGAGUGGUUAUGUCACAGAGACCACAGUGUGUGAAUUUUUUCUUCCAAUUAGCAGAUCUUGGUUGUACAUUGCAACAUGCUCAGUUACGCGAUGGUGCUCGAAAUCUUUUGCAAUUAGUACCACCUGAUAAUUUGACAGUAUCAAGAUUACAAUGGCUUUUUGGCCAUUAUGAAGAUGAUGAAACUUCACAGAAUCCUCAUUGUAACGAACACAACACAACAGUAGAUUCUUUAUUUUUUACUGCAAGUCCUAGUGAAGUUUUAUAUAAUUUAGAGGUGUUAUAUGCAUUGUUGAUGCCAGCUCCUGAUCCUCUGUCUGAUAGACCAUUUAAGUUUCAAUUUAAUUUUAUUAAAAGUGGCGAAGUAGGAGUUGUACUUGAUAUGUUAACAAAAAAUAAAUUUUUGCCAAAUGCAGACGAGACUACUAAACGAUCUGCCUAUUUGACAGUGCUGAAACUCUGCAAAUUUUUACUAACAGUAGUUGGAAAUAUUAUGGUAUGUGUAUUAGAUAAAGUUCAAGCUGGACAUUCGGAAAAUCACAAUAAUCACAUACAAAAUAAUCAAGAUCCUGUAACUAUUUUAAAACAGGCUUUACAAAGCAUACCUAAUCAAACCACUGAAUAUAUGCUAAGAAAUGUUGCAGCACGUUUAGUAAAACCUUUGUCACUACGAAUGUUCUCUGGUGGAACUGAUUCUGAUAGGUGUCAUCAGCUUUUUAUGCUAGCUCUUUCACGAGAUUUACCCGAUGUGGCCACUAUUCGUGCCAUAAUUAGAUUAGCGUGGGCUGCAUCAACUGGAAAUUUGAAUAAUAUUAAUGCAUCCAUUGAAAGUCUUCAUACAAUGCAUGAACUAAAUCAGAAGGAACAAAGAUGUCCUGAUAAUAAUGAUGUAUUAGUUUGUAAAGAAGCGUUGGAAGUCUUGACAAUAGCUUUAGCGCUUAAUUCGGCGGCAUUCGAUGUUCUAUUGAGAGAAAAAAUGUGGCAUAUGUUUUUAAUAGACCUUGUAUUACUGAGUACAUCGAGAGCAAUUAGAAUUGUGGCAGCAGAACAAUUUUUCCUUGUGUCGACAUGGUGCCGUAGUGUAAACCCACCAGUGUUAUUUACUAUUACAUUACUCUUUACUGUUUUAAAUACUACAGUUAUGGAAAAUUCAAAACAGUGUCAUGAGUAUUUUCAGCUCUUAUGUAGACUGUUAAAUUAUGCACAUAUAUCAGGAUGUUCUGUCUCAACUAUAGAAAACUUACUAAAUAUUGAAAUAACUUGGUUAAAACAAGUGAGAGAUAGUGUUAAGGAAUCAGGGGAAAGUCAUGUGGACGAGGCAGUUCUCGAAGGUCACCUUAGUCUUACUAAGGAAUUAGUAGCCUUCUUGCCUGCUAGUAAAAAGUAUGAAAUUGGAUCUGACGAGAAACAUGGAAUAAAUUUGAUAAAGGAAUUAGUAGAAGAUUUCGUCUUCCCUGCAUCACGUCUAAUGUUGCAACUUCGUAGUACCGGAGAAUUAAGUUCAUCGCAAGCUUGUCCAGUGUGUACUACUCCGCAGUCAACUAGCGCAGCAUUCGACUUACUUGUAGGUCUUUGUACAGGCUGUGUACCCAACAUGAAACUUCUAGUCACGAUGCUCACUGACAUGUUUUAUUCGGAAAGAGAUGAGCCAUUAAUUGAAUGGGACUAUUUACCACCAGUUGGGCUUAGGCCACUUAAAGGCUUCGUAGGUUUGAAGAAUGCAGGAGCUACAUGUUAUAUGAACUCAGUAUUACAACAAUUAUACAUGGUUGAAAGUAUUAGAGUUGGACUAUUAGCUGCGGAAGGAGCAGCAACUGAUUUAAACGAAGAUUUUUCUGGGGAAGAAAGAAUCGAAGGAGAACAAACUAUAGAAGCAAAUGAUAAUGACACCAAUGAAGAAAAGUGUGGAGUUGACGAAUCAAGGAAGGAAUAUAAUAUCGGCAUUUUAAAACAAGUGCAAGCAAUAUUUGGACAUUUGGCUUACAGCAAAUUACAAUAUUACAUACCAAGAGGUCUUUGGAAACAUUUUAAACUGCAGGGUGAACCUGUAAAUCUUAGGGAACAGCAAGAUGCAGUGGAGUUUUUUAUGAGCUUAGUGGAAAGCUUGGAUGAAGCGCUCAAAGCUUUGGGGCAUGAACAAAUAAUGAGUAAAAUUCUUGGUGGCUCAUAUAGUGAUCAAAAAAUCUGCAAAGGUUGCCCUCAUAGAUAUUCCAAAGAAGAACCAUUCAGUGUGAUUAGUGUGGAUAUAAGGAAUCAUAGUAAUCUAUUGGAUUCUCUUGAACAAUAUGUGAAAGGUGAACUAUUGGAAGGAGCCGAUGCUUAUCAUUGUGAUAAAUGCAACAAAAAAGUAGUAACAGUAAAGAGGUUAUGCGUGAAAAAACUGCCACCUAUUUUAGCGAUACAGCUAAAAAGGUUUGAAUAUGACUAUGAACGAGUUUGUGCUAUUAAAUUUAAUGAUUAUUUCGAGUUCCCAAGAGAUCUUGAUAUGGAACCAUAUACAGUCUCUGGCUUAGCUAAGUUGGAAGGAGAAGUCAUAGAUUGUGAUUAUGAGGAAUCUAUAAAAGGAACUUGUACAAAAUAUCAAUUAACUGGCAUUGUAGUACAUAGUGGCCAGGCUAGUGGUGGUCAUUAUUAUUCUUAUAUUUUGCAUAGACAAACCGAUGGUACUGCUAAAUGGUAUAAAUUUGAUGACGGAGAUGUAACAGAAUGUAAAAUGGAAGAGGAAGAAGAAAUGAAAUCGCAAUGCUUUGGUGGUGAUUAUUUGGGUGAAGUGUUUGAUCAUAUAUCGAAGCGUGUCAGUUACCGUAAACAAAAACGAUGGUGGAAUGCGUAUAUGCUUUUUUAUACCAGAUUAGACAUAGAAGAAAAUUCUUUAAUGAAAAGUUUCAACGAAUUGUCAUUAUAUACUAAGCUAGGUGUAAUGAAAAUGCCACAAGCUAUCGAAUACAGUGUGAGGAAACAGAAUAUUAAGUUUAUGCAUAAUCGGAAUCAAUUUAGUGCAGAAUAUUUUCAAUUUAUAAAAAAAUUAGUGUCUUCUGAUAAUCAUAACAUUAACAGACAAUAUCUUAACGAAAAACCCAGCCCAGAAGCAGAGGAGUUGUCGAUGUUAGCAGUUCAAUUAGCGUCAAGAUUUUUAUUCUUCACUGGUUUUCAUACUAAGAAAACAUUACGUGGUGCAGCCACAGAGUGGAAUGAUAUUUUAUGUCAUCAUCUUUGUAAUAGUAAAGCAGUACGCUCCUGGUUCGCUCAUAAUGUUCUUCUGAAUCAUCCACACAGAUUUUGUGAAUAUCUUUUAAGUUGUCCUAGUACCGAAGUAAGAACAGCUUUCGUUAAAAUUGUCGUGUGUCUUGCACAUUUUUCAUUACACGAUAGCCCAUCAAUGUCUUCUAGUAUAAAUUCACCAAAUAUACUUGUAGAACCAACUGCAAAACUGAGCGAUCAUCUAAUGCAUGCGGUACUGUCGUUACUCCAAAGAGAAAUCUCCGAUCAUGGUCGCCAUCUUCCACAUUAUUUUUCAUUAUUUCACAUGUAUGCUAAUUUAGGAUUGCAAGAGAAAAUGCAAUUGCUCACGCUUAACGUUCCAGUUACGUUCAUGUCAGUCGCGAUUGACGAAGGGCCUGGACCAGCAAUAAAAUAUCAAUAUCCUGAAUUGACAAAACUCCAUCAAGUUGUUAGUAUGUUGAUACGUUGUUGCGACGUAUCUUCGAGAAUAUCUUCGAAAGAAUCACCUUUACCAAAUCCAUAUGGUGAUUCAUCGUGCCAGUCAGGCUAUCUCAUGCCUAUUCAACCACAAGCAGCUGAACUUCUUUUUGUUGAAAAUAGUUAUAUGAAAAAGUUGAUCGAAGAUGCUAAUGUUACCGAAGAUACUACCAAGUUAUUGCAGUUCUGUUGUUGGGAAAACUUCAGUUUAUCACGAACAGUAAUUAGCGAAUUACUUUUACAAAUAAGUUUCGUUUAUGCACACGAAUUAAGGCAUCAUACGGAUCUUCUUCUUGCUAUACUUCUUAUGGAAGAUAAUUGGCAGAGUAAUCGUAUUUGUACAGCACUUCAAGGUUUAUACGAAGAAAGAGAGGGAUUAUUUGAUAUAAUACAGAAAUAUAAAAAUCAACAACAGAAACGAGCAUACCAAUGUAUAAAGUGUAUGGUACAAUUGUUUAGCAAAUGUAGAGCUGCGCAUCGGUAUUUGUGUCAUUCAUCUGAAUUGAAAAGAAAAUGGAUGCAUGCGGUUGAAUGGCUUCACGAUGAGUUAGAUAAAAGACCAUAUCCACCAACAGCACCCUACACACUACCAUAUAAUAAUUGGUCUCCUCCAGCACAAUCCAAUGAUUCAACGAACGGAUUUGGAUUAGAACGUAGUAACAGUGCUAAAAAGACUUUGGAGAAAGCAGUAGUUUAUUGUUCUGAAAUGGAACCAGAACUCGAAGAUACAAGGGAAGAUUGCGUAGAAGAAGCAGAAAAGUAUCAAUCUCAAACGAGAGAUUUAUUGCGAUCUGGUCGUAGUGUAGUUUGGGGAUCUGCGUCUAUAGGUUAUCCCGAAGUUUCUGUAAUACAACAAAUGCAAGAAGAUCAGCCACAGCCUGGACCGUCUCCAGUUCACACACCUCUUCUAGCACAUCAAAUUCGCAGUCCACAUAAUUGUGAGUCAUCCCAAAGUACAAGCCAGGAUCCAUAAUGAAUACUAAAUAUCGACCUCCUAUUGAGUUGCUGCCUCAGAGAAAUCAUGUCUCAAUCUUUUAAUUAUUACUGUGCCAGCAGCUUGGUGUUGAAUGGAAAACGUAUGUACAGAUAUAAUAUACUUGAAAAAUUGUUUCUUGUGAUUGGACUUCGCGAACUUAUAUUAAUCUGUCAGUUUCACUGUGGGCAGUUACUUUACAUUCGUAUAUAUGAUGUGGCAUCAUUUGCACUGCAAGAAAUUAGGAAGACGAUUUCGUUUGAAGACAGAAUAUAUGCAUGUUAAUUGAGGUAAACUACAAUUGAUAUCUUUAAUUUCAGUCUCAAAGUUAUUUCACAUUUUACGUUUCUCUAAACACAUUGCCGUGGAUAAUAAAUUUCAUACAUACAACGUUUCAAUCGAUUCUUAAACCAUAUAUUAAAGCUAUAUUAUUUUAUACAAAAAAAGAAAAAAAAUAAAUAAAAUGGGGGAAAAACCAAAAAAAAAAAGAAAGAAAAGUAAAUAAAAAAUUUCAUUCGCGUUCGUGUCUAUUUCGCAAAAUUACGCAAUUCAUUUUGCUAGAAUAACAACGGUGUUGUAAAAAAAGAUAAAAGAAAAAGUUAUGAAUUCGAUUUGCCUCAAUGAACACAUGCGAAUUCAAAUUUAGGAAUAUGAUAAGAUUGUAUAAAUGUAUAGCGAAUAGUGUUAUGGGAUAUUCUGUCUCUACCGAAUACAAGACAAACGUAUAGAUCACGAUUUUUUUCGUGCGCUGCGUGGAUUGUUAAUAAUAAUAGGAAAUAUUUGGUUACACAACGCGCUUGUCACUUAUUAAAAAAAAAAAAAAGAAAAAAAAGAAAAAAAAAGAAAAAAAAAAGAAAAAAAAAGAAAAGAACAUAACAUGUGGUAACAAGAUUUUAACGCCCCAAAACGAAAUAAUAUUUUUUUGUCGCAUAGUCUUUCGGUAUAACGAAGAAGAAAUUUUUUGUACUUAAUCUCAAAGAAUAAUAAGGAAGGACACAUUUUCCAACGUUAAAAAGAAAAGAAAAAGAAAAAGAAAAAAGCAUAUAUAUAUAUAUAUUAUUAUUAUUAUUAUUAUUAUGAUUAUUAUAAUAUAUAUAUAUAUGUGUGAAUAUAUAUAUAUAGAUAUAUAUCAGAGUACGAAUAAAUGCAUAAUAUCAUGCCGAUGUCGUCCCUAUAUUGUGCUUUCUUUCAGUUCAACCGAUUUGAAAGAGUUGUGCCUUGAAUAUCGUACGACUCCAUCGUAUUUUUAGGGUAGACUUAUAAGAAUCGAAUUGCCGUUUUAACAUUUAAUUGCUUACAUUUUGUGUAAUUUAAUGAAAUCGAAAGGAAAAAAAAAAUAACAAAAAGAGAGAAAAAAGGACAAAAAAAAAACUAAAAGAAAAAGAUAAAGAUAAAGAUAAAAACAAAGCGAUCGGGGAAAAUCGUUUAUCGAUUUAUAAUAUGCACCUGCAGCUGAGCUAUGACAGGGUAAAAAUGACGCACCUUCGAAGUGACUUUAUGUAAUGAUGUAGAACAAAAUUGACCACAGUGCUAAUCGAACAUUUCUCUUUUUUUUUUUCCUGUUAUCGUUGUUAUUGUUGAUUUUUCCUUCUUCUUAUUCUUCUUCUUUUUUCUUUUUUUUUUCUUUUUUUUUCUUUUGGAUUUAGAUUUUAAUAAUAUUCUCUUCAAAAAAAACGAAAUAUAUUAUCCGACGGUAGAGACAUAGAAUGGUAUGCGAGAAUCGAAUAAUUAAUUUGUAUCGUUCUGAUAUACAAUGUUUCAAAGAGUUUCAAGGACUGGUUUCUUUCCAUAGCUUUACAUACAAAGCUGUUUUUAAUUGUCUAUUGAAAAUCUUGAGAAAGAAAAAAGAAAUGGAUGAAUGAACAAACGAACGAACGAACGAAAAAAAAAUAAAAAAAUAAAUAAAUAAAUAAAUAAAUAAAGAAAGAAAGAAAGAAAGAAACAUCAACUUAGAUCAUUCGAUCAUAAAUCGCAAAAUAGAAUAAAAAAAUAAAAUAAAAUAAAUAAAAGAACGCGAGUAGGGGGAAAAAGGAACGAUUAAGUGCAAAGAAAAAUUCUGAUCUUACACCAACUGGCCAUAGCUCUGACUUAUUAAAUAACACGUGUUAUAUAUAAAUACUAUAUAAAUAAUAUUAAAAAAGAGAACUGAAGUGUCAUGCAACAAGGAUAUAUAAGCAUUAUAAGAAAAACCGUGUGUAUACAUAGGAAUUCGUGGGGAAGAACCAACGAGUAGUAUGUCGAGAUACCAGGAAAUAACACGACAUAUUAAUUAAUCUCUCGUAUUUAUCGACUAUCCAAGAUUUAAACACAGCGUACCAAAUUACGUACUAGCUUCUAUCGGUUAAAUAAUGGUACCUAAUCUUACUCAGAUAUGUACAUAUACAACUGCUUUUUAUAUGUGAUAAAAAAAAUUUAUUAUAUUCCUAUUAUACAUUGAAGAUUAGAAACGCUAUUGUAAAUCCUGGUUUUUGUACACAGACUGUAUGCUAAGUUCUUUUUUGUUAAUGAAAAUGUAGUCUAUAAUUAUUUAAUAUUUAAUUGUAUUACUAAAUAAGCGUAACACACAUCUCUUGUAUCAUAUAUAGUUGAUUUUUCGAAUUGUCAGAUAGGUGGUUGAACUGAAAAUUUUUGUGUCGCCGAUACACGAUUGUAUCACCUUUCUUAUUGUACGGUACUGUGUAAGAGUAUGAGACGGACACGGAAAUUGUAUAAGAAGUGAACACACACAUAUAUAUAUAUAUACACACAUAUGCAUACAUAGGAUACACUUAACACACACUUUUACACACACACACACACACAUGCGAGGAUACCUAUACACAUUAAAAACACGUACCACACGAUUGAGGUCGGUAAUAAUGAAUUAUUGUGAACAAACAAAUAAGCAAAGAAAAAAAAAAAAGAAAAAAAAACAAACAAACAAAGUAUAUCUUUCCAUCAAACGAAAUACACGUACACACAUACUGAUACAGAUAAUACAUAUAUACGCGGACAAAUUUGUUGUGCCGAACGCGUCUAGUUAUCGUGAUGAAAAAUCGACUCGAUCGUGCAACGAUCAAGACAGAUUAUAUAAAAAUGUCCCUUUUUUAUUAAAAAAAAAAAAAAGAAAAAAAUGAAAAUGAAAUAUGAAAUGAAAUGGAAUGAAAUGGAAUGAAACAAAAUGAAAUGAAACGAAAUGAAAUGAAAUGAAAUGAAACGAAACGAAACGAAACGAUAUGAAACGAAAUGAGAAGAAGAAGAAACAUUCUCGUACGAAAGACUAUUGAAACAGAUUUUACGGACCUUUAUAACAUUAUAGUUAAUAAUCCGUAACGAGUCGAGAUAACCGAUACGACUUUUUUCUUCGAAUACAAAAAUCGAUAGGCGUGUUAUCAAAAUUUCUGAAUCAAAGGCAAAUGCGUAUGGAAGAAUGUUUUUCUUGCUGAAGAAUAAAUCGGAAAUAAUGGAUUACUUGAGUGUAAAAAAAAAAAGAGAAAACAAAAAGGGUAGCGAUAAAUAGUUCUCUUUCUCGGACAUUAUA